CCUCCUCCGCCGCACCAAAAACCCGAAAAUGUCUUGAAGCGCGCCCACGAGCUCAUCGGGGUCAACCAGGCCCCUGCGGCCUUGACCCUGCUGCAUGAGCACAUCACCAGCAAGCGCUCUCGUAGCGUCCCGAUCGUAUCGCUCGAACCUGUUAUGAUUCUCUUGGUCGAGCUCUCCGUCGAGCAGAAGAAGGGAAAGCUAGCCAAGGAUGCUCUGUAUCAGUACAAGAACAUCUCCCAAAACACGAAUAUUGGCACCAUCGAGCUGGUUCUCAAGAAAUUUAUCGAGCUCGCUGUGGGUAAGGUCACCGCUGCUCAGGCCAAGGCCGACGAAGUCCAGUCGACGAUCGAAGCCACCACCGCUACAUCCAACGUCGACGACCUGGAGGCUACCGAGACCCCCGAAUCCAUCCUCCUCGCCACCGUCUCCGGUGAGCAGUCCCGCGACCGUACCGACCGUGCCAUCGUUACUCCCUGGUUGAAGUUCCUGUGGGAGGCCUACCGUACUGUCCUGGACAUUCUCCGCAACAAUGCCAGGCUCGAGAUCCUAUAUCAGAGUACCGCCAUGCAGGCCUUCGACUUCUGCCUCAAGUACACUCGCAAGACUGAAUUCCGAAGACUUUGCGAACUUCUCCGAAACCAUGUGCAGACGGCAGCAAAAUACUCGUCCCAGAUGCAUGCCAUCAAUCUCAACGACCCAGAUACUCUCCAGCGUCAUCUCGAGACUCGAUUCCAACAACUCAACGUGGCCGUCGAGCUGGAGCUUUGGCAGGAAGCCUUCCGCAGUGUAGAAGAUAUCCACACUCUGCUCAACCUCAGCAAGCGACCCCCCAAGAACGUCAUGAUGGCCAACUAUUACGAGAAACUUACACGUAUCUUCCUUGUGGGAGAGAACUACCUCUUCCACGCUGCUGCCUGGUCUCGAUACUACACUCUCCUCCGCCAAUCUGCAGCCCUGGUGGCCGCCGGCCAGGGCAAGAAGGCUGACAACCCUCCCGCUUCUGAUGCUGAUCUGCAGAAGGCUGCUUCCUUUGUCCUUCUGUCAGCUCUGGCCAUCCCGGUUAUCAGCACCUCGCGAUCUCGAGGCGCCAUGGUCGACUUCGAUGAGGCCAGGAAGAACAAGAAUUCUCGCUUGACACACUUGUUGGGCAUGAACCAGGCCCCUACCCGCUCCCGUCUCUUCAAGGAUGCUCUGUCCAAGUCUCUUCUUCAGCGUGCCCGUCCCGAGAUCCGUGACCUCUACAACAUCCUUGAGGUUGACUUCCACCCGCUUUCCAUUUGCAAGAAGAUUUCUCCUAUUCUGACAAAGAUUGGAGCCGAUUCUGAGAUGGAGAGGUAUGUCGUGCCUCUACAGCAAGUCAUUCUCACGAGACUGUUCCAGCAGUUGUCGCAGGUGUACGAUACCGUGGAUUUGAGCUUCGUGGAGAGCCUGGCACAGUUCCCCGAACCAUACCAAGUGUCCCGCAGCACCAUCGAGAAGUUCAUUAUGAACGGUAACAAGAAGGGUGAUCUUUCUAUUCGUAUGGAUCACGCCACUGGUGUCUUGAGCUUCGAUAACGACGUGUUCUCAUCAGCCAAGGCUGGCCACAGUGGUUCUGGAGCAGGCUCUGCUGAGUCUGAGACAGGCACCGUUCAACGCCUGCAGAGCACUCCUUCCGAGAUUGUUCGUUCUCAACUCACCAGACUUGCCCGCAGUCUUUACACUACAUGCCACUACAUCGAUCCUGAGUUCAACAAGGAGCGCUUGGCGGCUCGAAAUGCCGCGCUGGCCAGAGCAAAGGCGGGUGCGGAGCAGGAGCACCUCGACACAAUUGCUCGCAAGGAAAUCAUUCAGAAGCGCAAGGAAGAAGCCUCUGAACUUCAGGCUCGACGUGAGAAGGAACUUUCCCGCCAGAAGCGACUCCGUGAGCAGCAGCUUCAGGAGGCUGAGGACAAGCGUCUGGCUGAUGAGCAGAAGGAGCGUGAAGAAAAGCGUAUCAAGGCUGAGCACGAUCGUGUCCGCAAGGAAGAGCUUAAGAAGCAGAUUGCCGAUCUCAAGAUGAAUGACAAGGCCCUUGACAUUGAUCUUGACGACCUGGAUAACCUGGACACCAACCGUCUCCGAGCCAUGAAGCUUGCACAGCUUGAAAGAGAGAAGAACGAUGUCAAUGAAAGACUUCGCAUCACUGGCAAGCGCAUCGACCAUCUUGAGCGUGCUUUACGUAAGGAGGAAGCCAAGAAGUUGAACAUUGACUACGAGACGCAAAUCGCCGAAGACCGAAAGAUCUACGAACAAGUCAAGGCCAAGACCCUUAAAGAAGCUGAGGAGAAGCACGCCGCCAGUGUUGAGCUCAAGCACAGACUUAGCCGUCUGGUUCCUCUCUACGAGGGCUUCCGAUCGUCCCUUCACGAGCGACGCCGCGAUGAGUUUGAGAAGCGUCGUAGGGAUGCCGAGCGUGAAUUGGAGAAGCAGAUCAAUCUCCGAAAGAAGGAGCACAGAGAUCGCAAGCUCCGUGAGAAGAGGGAACGUGAAGAGAGGGAACGACAGCUGCAAGAGGCUGAAGAGCGCGCUGCUCGCGAGAAGGAGGAGCAGCGUCUCCGUGAAGAGGCCAAGAGGGCCGAACUUGCCAAGCUUAAGGAACAGCGCGAAAAGGAGCGACAGGAGACGCUCGAGAAGGCUGCACUCCAGCAACGUCGUGAGGAAGAAGCUCUCGCCCGUCGCAAGGCUGAGAGGGAGAAGCCUGCUCCAGCCCCGUCCCGUGUACCAGAGCGUAGCGAAGCUACCGAAGGCCGAAGACCUGCUGUUAUUGGAUCCGGCAAGUGGCGUGACCGUGAAGCUUCGCGGGCUGAAGACGCCCCUCCCCCCGCUCGUCCAGCUCCUAUCGAGCGAACAGAUUCCAACGAGCGCUCCUCCGGUGGACCUCCCCGCCUGCAGCUCGCCGGCAACAAGCCCAGCUGGCGCGAGCGUGAAGCCGCAAAGGCUGCUGCUGGCGGCGGUGCCCCGGCUGGCGCCUCUGACAACGCACCACCACCCAGGAGGUUCGAGCCUCGCGGCGGAGCUCCCAUGGACCGCUCUGGUUCCGGCCGGGGCGACAACAACCGGGCGGAGCCUCCUGCUCCGUCUGAGAAUUUGCCUCCCUCGCGGACUGCUGGUAAGUGGGUUCCCCCUCACCUGCGAAACAAGCAAAUGGACUGGAUUCAAGAGUUGAUAGUGGCCUUGAGAGGCGUGCCGCCGUCUCAAAUCUGCCAGGUUUUCUUCGUCUUUGCAUCUGUCACAAUCAUCACCAUCCAAACUCUACCUACCACUUACCGCCAAGCGUUGAUGGACUAUGGAGCUCGUUUAGAGAAGGACUCCAGACAGAGCCUUCUUGCGCGGCUUCUGGAUUGCCUCCAGGUGCCCCAUUCGUGGUUUCUUCACUUCUACAUCCUCUCAGUGAGCCUGUCCGCUUUCUGGGGCUGGCAGUAUGUUACCAGGGGCACUGUGCUGAGAGAUAUUGCGUCGGCCCAGGUCGCUGCAGGGAAUACACCUUCUAUGGACAUUUCCCAGGUGUAUGUUGCGUGGGCUCUGAUGGCCCUCCAGGGGACUCGGAGGCUCUACGAGAGUCUGUUCGUGACGAAAUCUGGGAGCUCGCCAAUGUCAAGCCUUCACUGGCUGCUGGGCUUGCUCUACUAUGCAUCCAUGAGCGUCUCUGUCUGGAUAGAGGGUUCAGGCGCGAUCCUCAACUCGUGGGAGGACGAACAGGUCAUCUUCCGCCCCCCAAAGCGACUUGCCCUCGGAGUUGCUCUUUUCACCGUUGGGUGGCUGAAGCAGCAGCAGUGCCACAAGUACCUGUCCAGCCUCAAGAAAUAUACGCUUCCCGAGCAAGGCUGGUUCAAACACAUCGUCUGCGCCCAUUACGCCAGCGAAUGUCUUCUGUAUCUUGGUCUGUGUGUUUUGGCCACACCUGCGGGCCAGCUUUUCAACAAUACCACCCUCCUGGGCCUCUUGUUUAUUGCGAUCAACCUGGGUACGACGGCUAAGGGCACAAAGGAAUGGUAUGCUCUGAAGUUCGGUUCUGAGAAGGUAGACCCCAAGUGGAGGAUGAUUCCGUUUGUCUGGUAG